AUGAGAUCUAGAACGGUGCUCUCGAGGUGUCUCGUCACUCGACGAGGAAUACACCUAUCAAGACGUGCAUCCAAAUCUUCUAGCCAGACCUCUUCAGAAGUAGAAACAACUCAACUGGGCAUUCCGACUGCGCCAACAUGGUCUAUCAAAUCCUUUCUCGAAUCCUCGACAGACUCUACGGUGAUUGACGAUGCGACCCUCGACAAACUCCACCAACUCAGUGCAUUAAAGGAUCCUGAAUACAACCCACCAUCUCGUGAGGCUCUUCGACAUGAACUGGCCGACUUGGUCAAGCUGGUCAACGCCGUACGCGGAUACGACGCCCAAGAAGACUCAAACCAGGAUUCAGCUGUUGGUGGGAUUAAAGGAGAUGGAUUAGAAAUUCCGGAUGGACGAGUGUAUCCACUCCCUGUCGAGGCGACUGCUCUCAGGAGCGCAAAAGUCGCCGAGGACGACGGUGAAUCGGAAGAAGAGGCUUUGGAGAUUGGAGACGAGGAAACCGACGAAGACGAAGAGCAUCCUCUCAAUGGCCUUGGAGAAGAUGUAGGACUAGAUGAGGAGAACGAGCUUUCACAAAAAUCGCUCGAGGCGUAUAGAGCCGCCCAGGAAAAGGCGGGCGUGAUUUACAUUUCGCGUAUUCCGCCGGCAAUGAGUCCCAACAAGGUUCGAUAUCUCAUGAGUGCAUAUGGAGAGAUUGGAAGAGUGUUUUUGCAACAAGAAGAUGCGAAAAGAGCGUAUCUCCGACAAAAGCAUACAUCUUCCAAGAAGCCACACUAUACCGAGGGCUGGGUCGAGUUCAAGGACAAGAAAGUGGCGCGCUACGUCGCGGAGAUGUUAAACGCGCAGCCAGUGGGUGGAAAGAAGGGUACGCGGUUCCGUGAAGAUGUAUGGACGAUGAAAUAUCUCCCGCGAUUCAAGUGGUACAUGCUCACCGAGCAGAUUGCCCAUGAACACGCGGCGCACGCUGCCAAGCUACGAAUGGAACUCUCCCAAUCAAAGCGCGAGCAAAAGCACUAUCUACGACAAGUAGAGAUUGGGAAGAGCAUGGAGAAGAGGCAGGAAAAGAAGCGAAAACGCGAAGAGGAGCAAGGAGUGGGGACUGCCGCACCCGUGGAGCAACGGGCACCAAAGACCGCAUCACGCGUCAAGGAAUCACGAGAGGAGAAAGAAAAGAGCAAAAAGCGCAAAAAGGAGGGAGCUCCCCCUCCUCCGCGCGCGGGGGAAGCUGACCGGGCGUUGGAUACACUCGUUACGCAAGAAGAGCUCAAGGAAUUUGACGCUGUGACACGCGAUGGUGGGAUUAAGGGACUCGCAUUGGGACUCGGAACAAGUGUUCCACUCUCAUUAUAUCUCCAACGCUACUCGCCACGUUACCAACGUCUCCCCGUCCCACUCAAAGCAUUUGGCGUCGUGAUGCUCACGUCUGCUACGACGGUUAUUUGGGCAGAACGCGCUGGAUUACAAUAUGACAAACGGCGGUACAGCUCGAGUUUAUAUUCCGAGGAAGAAAAGACGAGGAUCGCCGAAAAUGAAAAGGCAAAGGCGCAACGCUUGAGUAUUGGAGAAAAGGCGACCAAUUUUGUCAAUGAGAACAAGUAUUCGGUCAUUGUGGGUAGUUGGGCGGCGAGUAUGGUUGGCGCGUGGGCGUAUAUCAGUCGCGACAAAUUACAAACUGUCUCACAACGGAUAGUCCAAGUCCGAGUGUUUGCACAAGGAGUGACGCUAGCGAUGAUCAUUGGAACGGCGCUUCUUUCGCAAAAGGAGCGUCAGGAGCGCAAAGAGCAUCCUCCGGUUGACCACUCGUGGAUGAACCAGAUGCGUCAAAAGCCCGAGGAUGCGACUGUCCAAAAGGUCACGACGGCAUAG